CAACACUCAGUCCAUAUAUGAAGGCACCCACCAAACAUUCUCAAACCAAAGCCAUGACCAAUAUGGAAUCCACCACACCUAUACUCACUCCUCUAGUGCUCCUCCUCCUCUUCUCUCUAGCCAAAGGGCUUCACAACCCCAAAUGUGAUGCUGCCUAUCAACAUGACCAUGAUGGCUCAACCCUCCAAGUGUUCCAUGUGUUCAGCCCUUGUUCCCCAUUCAGGCCCUCAAAACCAAUGUCAUGGGAAGAGAGUGUCCUACAGCUACAAGCCAAGGACCAAGCCAGGAUGCAGUACCUUUCUAACUUGGUGGCUAGGAGGUCCAUUGUCCCAAUUGCCUCAGGGAGACAAAUCACACAGAGCCCUACAUACAUAGUGAGGGCCAAGUUUGGUACCCCAGCACAGACCCUCCUCUUGGCCAUGGACACUAGCAAUGAUGCUGCCUGGGUCCCUUGCACUGCCUGUGUUGGUUGCUCAACAACCACACCCUUUGCUCCUCCCAAGUCCACCACUUUCAAGAAAGUUGGAUGUGGUGCUUCUCAGUGCAAACAGGUACGGAACCCCACUUGCGAUGGAAGCGCGUGUGCAUUCAACUUCACCUAUGGCACUUCCUCUGUGGCAGCUAGCCUGGUCCAAGACACAGUGACCCUAGCCACUGACCCAAUCCCAGCCUACACCUUUGGGUGCAUUCAAAAGGCCACAGGGAGCUCACUGCCACCACAAGGGCUAUUGGGCCUGGGCCGAGGCCCAUUAUCACUCUUGGCCCAAACCCAAAAACUCUACCAAUCUACCUUCUCUUAUUGCUUGCCCAGCUUUAAAACACUCAACUUUAGUGGGUCACUGAGACUUGGGCCCGUGGCCCAGCCCAAGAGGAUCAAGUUUACCCCUCUUCUCAAAAAUCCUAGAAGAUCUUCACUUUACUAUGUGAAUUUGGUGGCUAUUAGAGUUGGCCGGAGAAUUGUGGAUAUUCCACCGGAGGCUCUAGCGUUCAACCCUAACACCGGCGCAGGCACCGUUUUUGAUUCGGGUACGGUAUUCACCCGGCUGGUUGAACCGGCUUACACCGCCGUCCGGAACGAGUUCCGGCGACGAGUUGCCGUUCACAAGAAACUCACCGUGACAAGCCUAGGAGGGUUUGACACAUGCUACACAGUCCCAAUAGUUGCACCAACAAUAACAUUCAUGUUUUCCGGCAUGAACGUGACACUCCCACCGGACAACAUCCUCAUACAUAGCACCGCCGGCAGCGUCACGUGCUUGGCCAUGGCACCGGCACCGGACAAUGUGAACUCGGUGCUGAACGUGAUCGCCAACAUGCAACAGCAAAACCACCGUGUGCUCUUCGACGUGCCCAACUCAAGGCUUGGUGUUGCUCGUGAGCUUUGCACCUAAUACAUAAUAAUAAGUGGUUCUUAGGUCAAGAAUUUUCAUGACUUGUGGGUACAAUAAUAAAAAUCGUGUCGAAUUGGCAUUGCAAAGUUACUCCUAUUUGGGAAUUGGUAUUUGAUAUGGGUUGGGUUUUGGCAUUGCUAAGAGUUUAUUGCUAACUAUUUAGUAGAAGAUAGUGAGCUACAUGUUUAAGGCAUUGCAUGUAAGUCUCCAAGUUUCAAGUUAUAUAUGUAGUAGUAUGAAAAGAAGUUAUAUUUGUAGCUUUGUAAUGGUAUGUGUCACGGGUUCAUAUAUAUGUAGCAAUCCCUUGUGUUGUUUAUUGAAGUUGAUUGAAUUGAUAAUGACUUCACAUUGUGGUACAAGUUCACGGGCUAUAUAGCAUAAUAUCAUUGUCA